AUGUCAUCAUCAGAACAGGUCUUAUACGAAAGUGCAACAAAGAGAAGGCGAUUGCUGAACGAUAUUAAAGAUGAGGAUCGAAGUCUGGGAACGUUGCCGGAUGAUAGGUUAGAAAAUAUGAAUCAAGCUGCCCGUAAGUUAGAUUUUGAAGAAGCAAUCAGAAUGGCUACAAGCAAUAAGAUCAAUUCUAAAAAUACAUGGGAUUUUGCGUUAAUUGACUAUUUUCAUGAUAUGAAUUUAUUGCGUGGUCGGGAUGGAACAUCUAUAAAUUUCCAGAAGGCCGGUGCUACAUUAGAUAGCUGCAUGAAGAUCUUUUCUCAUAGAAUUGAUUCUAUUGUAGCAGAUACGGGAAGAUUAUUAUCUGGCCUUAAUCAACGAAAUGCUACAUCUGGCGGCUCUAAAUCGGGUAACGAUGUUUCUCAAGAGGAAAAUACAAUAGAAAAUAUAAGAAAGCGUGCAGCAAGAAAUAAGAAACCUAAAUUAACCCUUCAAGAUAGUUUCCAUGAUAUCAAAAUUAGGCAUUAUGAUCAAGCAUUAAACGUUGAUCCUCUAUUUAAGAAGGCGAUUGCUGAGUUUGAUGAGGGAGGUGCGAAGUCCUUAUUGAUGAAUGUUCUUAAAAUUAACUCGAAAGGUUUAAUUGUUUUCGAUGAGACAUUAUCGAAGUCAUUACUUUCGACUCCAUUUUCGGCUGAUAAUAAUGAAACUCGUUGUGAACCCGAUAAAGCUUCUCCUGAUACAUUGAAGAAUGUGCAAGAAUACUUAUCAAUGCAUAAAUUCAAUGCUUCAGCAGAGUUUAAAAGCGCCACUAUUUGUCGGUCAAUGGGAUCUCUUGUAAGUGCAUUGGAUGAUACCGAUACGGCAAGUACAUUUAUUGAUUCCAUUCUUCAGCCACAGGAAACCGGUAAGAACGUAAAUGCUGAAUUAGAUUUAAAUGAUCCUGCCAAUGUGGAAGAGCCUAGAGAAUUGCUAUCAGAUGAGAAUGAUGAUGGACACCAAACUGCAGACAAGCAUAUUUCAGCAGGUCCUGAUGAUUUUGUCGGAAAUGAAUAUGAAAUUGAGAAAAUUGAUAAGGAGGCUUUAUGUGCUCUCGAUUCCAGCAAUCCGAAUUGGAGUGGCAGUAAUACCAAUUCAUGGAAAGUUGAACUCUUCAAACGUAAAAUGGGCAAUACUCUUCGUAAAGAAUUGAUGAAAUCGGACCCGAAUAAGGGCACUGAUGAAAUAGAAGUUUUGAGGAGUACAGGAGGUAAUACGUUAAAAGGGGGUAAGCAUCAUGCCGUUAUAGAUUUUACGAAAGACUUCACGAAGAAAGAGGAGAGGACUUUAUUUCGUAAAGGGAAAAAGAAGGUGUUACGUCAACCAAAGCUGGACAAUAAGGUGUGUAUCACAUUGCCUGAUGAUCUACGAUGGAAUUCGGAAAGAUUGUUAUCCCUAUUCGACAAGCCGGACAGUAAAAUCAAUGUGUUCAGAAAAAGAAGUCUUCAAAGUACAAACGAAAACACACUUACGAAUGCUGCUGGAAAUGUUGAUGAUGUUGAAUAUGAUGAUAUACCUGAUGCCCCUGACUUGGAAAUAUCUUCCCAUAAUGAAAAUGAAGAAGAUAUAGUAGUCGAUAACGAUAUGCAAGGAAUUUCUGGCGAUUUCGACUUCAACAUGCUGUUCAGUUCACAGGAUGAUUCAAAUGGUAUUGGUCUUAACUACGCUAGAGCUUCAAAAAAGGUUGAUAUCAAGCUUUUAAAAGACAACAUGUUAAGUGAUAUCAUUAAAGACACUCUUGAGAAGUAUAAAUCAAAGCAAAAGGAUGACAUAUCAACAUCGUUCCUUUUUAUCUGUAUGCUACACCUGGCCAAUGAGCAUGGGUUGCAAAUGGAAGGUAAUGAAGCGCAUACAGAUCUAACGAUCAAGUCCCAGGAGGAAGCUAUUACAGGUUCUUAG